GAGGCGGCACCGCGUAAAUUGUGUUGAUUGUUAAACUCUCGGAGCCCAACUCCCGGAAGCUGAGAGUUUUGAGAAAAGUUUCUGUAGUGGUGUGCCCAAGUCUGCGAAUUCCCAAUUAUGAGCGCCCCGGGCGUGCAGUCCUUUACCCAGCAGGGCUGGGAGCAGGUGCUGGCCAAAGUGAAACGGGCUGUGGUCUACCUGGACGCCGCCUGUGCCGAAAGCCUGCACUGGGGCUGCGGAUCCACCCGGCUCCUGGAGGCGGUGGGGGGACCUGCGUGUUACUUGCGGGAGUUCGAGCCCGCAGCAGUCGGUGGCGGUGCUAAGCAGCCCAAGGCGGUGUUUGUGCUGAGCUGCCUACUGAAAGGCCGAACCGUGGAGACUCUACGGAACAUCAUCUGCCGCAGUCACUUCCAGUAUUGUGUGGUGGUCACAGCUGUGAACCACGCUGUCCACCUCACGGCUAAUCACGUACCAGCGGCGGCAGCGGCGGAGCUGGAGGGACAGCAGCCGGUGUUCGAGCAACUAGAAGAGAAGCUGUGUGAAUGGAUGGGCAACAUGAACUACACCGCCGAGGUGCUUCACGUCCCAUUGUUGCUCGCCCCUGCCUCUCCCUACCUUGCCUUGACUCCAGCCUUUGCUUCCCUUUUCCCACUGCUACCCCAGGAUGUGCAUCUCCUUAACAGUGCCCGACCAGACAAAAGGAGGCUGGGAAGCCUGGGUGACGUGGAUGCCACUACCCUGACCCCUGAACUACUCCUGCAGAUCAGGUGCCUGGUAUCAGGCAUCAGUUCUUUGUGUGAGCACUUAGGGGUCCGAGAGGAGUGUUUUGCUGUAGGUUACCUCAGUCGGGUCAUCGCUGCAGAUCUGGCCAAUUAUGCCCCUGCCAAGAACAGGAGGAAGACUGCUGCAGGCAGGGCAUCAGUGGUCUUUGUGGACAGAACUCUGGAUCUCACAGGAGCAGUUGGACAUCAUGGAGACAACUUGGUAGAGAAGAUCAUUUCAGCUCUUCCCCCACUUCCUGGCCACACCAAUGAUGUGAUGGUUAACAUGGUAGAGCUCACUGCACUGCAGAAUGAGGUGGACAAUCAGAACAUGGUCGCACCAGGCUGUCUCGCACAAUCCAAUGACACCGCAGCCAAAGCUCUGUGGGAGGCCUUACUGAACACCAAGCACAAAGAGGCAGUGAUGGAAGUCCGGAGACAUCUAGUGGAAGCAGCAAGCAGAGAAAACCUGCCAAUCAAGAUGAGUAUGGGGAGAGUCACUCCAGGGCAGCUGACAUCCUAUAUUCAGCUCUUCAAGAACAAUCUCAAAGCUUUAGUGAAUCACUGUGGACUCUUACAGCUCGGGCUGGCCACUGUUCAAACUCUGAAACACCCGCAGACUGCCAAGUGGGACAACUUUCUGGCUUUUGAAAGGCUCCUUCUCCAGAGCAUUGGGGAAUCGACGAUGUCUAUUGUGUUAAAUCAGCUGCUGCCCAUGAUUAAGCCCUCAAAUCAGAGGGCCAAUGAUGACUACAGCCCCGAAGAGCUGUUGAUCCUCCUAAUAUAUAUUUAUUCUGUCACUGGAGAGUUCACAGAGGACAAAGACCUGGCUGAAGCUGAAGAAAAAGUAAAGAAAACAUUGGCCCAGGUCUUUUGUGAGGAGUCUGAGCUGUCACCUUUGCUGCAAAAAGUCACAGGCUGUGACUCUUCAAUUAACCUGACAUUUCACAAAUCCAAAAUUGCCGUGGAUGAACUCUUUACUUCGCUUCGGGAUAUUGCUGGAGCUAGGAAUCUCAUGAAGCAGUUUAAUUCUGUAUAUGUUCCUGGAAAUCAUACCCGCCAGGCGUCCUAUAAGCCAUUGUUGAAACAGGUCGUGGAGGAAAUAUUUAAUCCCGAAAGGCCAGAUCCCGUUGAUAUUGAACACAUGUCUUCAGGCCUCACUGAUCUCCUUAAAACUGGAUUUAGCAUGUUCAUGAAGGUGAGCCGGCCUCAUCCCAGCGACCACCCUCUCCUGAUCCUCUUCGUGGUGGGCGGAAUCACAGUCUCUGAAGCCAAAAUGAUCAAAGACCUUGUGCCAUCCCUGAAGCCAGGAACCCAGGUAAUCGUGCUGUCCACUCGACUCCUGAAGCCACUUAACAUUCCUGAGCUGUUAUUUGCAACUGAUCGGCUGCACCCAGACCUUGGCUUCUGAGCAUCUGCUAAGAAGAUGAGACCUACCUGAGCUGGAAAUACCAUGCUAUUGUCUGUCACCAUUCAACAUGUGCCUCCAAAUCCAUUGUCCCUAGGACUGAGUGUGGCUAUGACUGAAUGCUGCCCGAAGGGUCUUGAGAACCCACAGUGAAGUACUUUGCUUUGAUUCCUGUGAUUCUUUUUUUAAAAAUGUUUUUUCACCUUUUAAAUGUGUCAAACUGUCUCUCAGCUGGCCUACUUUGUAAUAACUCCAAUUUAUUUUCAACCCUCUGUUUGUGGUCUUCCUUAUAUCACCUCCAAGUUCAUUACUUCUAAGUAGAUGCCUGUUGGUGAGUGUUGGUAGAUUACCAGCCUUUGGAUCUGCAGUUGCUCAAAAAGAAGUUAGGCAUGCUUUAGAAUUAUGAGUCUGAGGAAAGUUUCUUUUUUUCUUUUCUGAAGAUUAUAUGACUGAGGAAGGAACAUUGCAAAUAGGAUCUGAGGCUUUGUUUCUCUCUUGAUCUGAGACCUUUCUGAAAAGGCUAGGAAAAGAGGGAGACCAGGCUAGGGCUGCUCUGCUGCAUUGUAAAUUGGCCCACUGCAGGCUGCGUUGUUCCUGCCCGCGCACUGGGCAGGGCUGCCAGACCACUUAGAAUAUAGUAGUGGGAGAGAGGUUGAUGAGAGGGCUGUUUCUGCCAGUGAAAGGUUUCCUCCUCUCCCAAAGAAAGACCCACAGUAAAGAUAUCUGGUACCAGGGAGUUUAGAUUUGAAUCCCAAUCCCUGUGACUUUUGUGAUUUCACUUCUAUUAAAAUAUAAACUUUCUUUUCUAAGUCUUAAUUUUCCUCCUAGCCAUAGCAAAAA